AUGGAAGGCCUUCAUGCGAGAAACCAAUGGGAGCAGAAUAACCCUUACGCCAGCACAAUUUCAAAGGCCACAUGUGGCCGAAAUCGCUCAGGACACGGGUGGAACUCUGAACUCGUCGCUAAAGCACUUUUUUCGGCGAACAAUAAUUUGGCAUACACAAUACAUUACCAAACCAUUGUAGCCUUUGAUACUGGGCACGCUCUUCGACCGAAGUCCCUGUUACACAACCGAAUUCCCUAUAGUAGAGGUAAACCAAAGGUAAACACAUUAUUUCUCGAGGCCGAUGAAAACUGCCAGACAGCCACCGGCGUGCUGUAUCGAGAAGCUAGCGCUGCUCUAUGCUUCUCGGGGCUUCAUCAAACACAACAUUUACGACUAUUAUCUGUACUGUUCCAUUACAUUGUGCAUUCAUAUUCCUGUUUCGUAGCCACGAUGAUUAGUCGCCCGACGCUCGAAAAGGAAACAUUUGCAUCUGCAGAAACCAUCCGGUACCCAGCUGCUCUACCAUCCAAAGUGCGAGAGCUGAGACACUGUCAGACAUUCACCCAGGCGAUUUGGAUAGAAACUGACAAGAACGCCACUGACAUCGGUUGGCAGCCAUAUCUUGUAGUGCCUCCAACCAGGCACAGUGAGGAUCACGCGCAGCGCAAUCAGGGUUCCGUAAAACCUGUCUUUGAUGGCGUCGGGGCUACAGUCAGUUGGGGCGUAGGCAGACACGAUAAACGUACAUCUAUCAGCUUGCCGCUUGUGAGACUCCUUCACAGACGUUGCCAGACGAACCGCACAGAGGGGACUAUCAACAGGUGUCCAGUCAACACAAUACCAACCCCUGCACAUCCCACCGCAGCAACAUCUGGAUCACAAGAGGUGCGCAGCCGGAAGCGAGUGGAGACUGACGGGGCAGUUAGCUCAAUCACUGCGCUUGCAUCUUGGAUUCUCGUUUCUGAGAAACAGCACACAUCAAUGCCAAGCGAGUCCAGUGUGAGUGCAAGAGCAGCUUGUUGUCCUGUUUGCUUCAGAGUGCGGACAUUGAACGCGGCCAGAUAG